AGGGAGGGCCGCGACCACCACGGCGCGUGCGCGCGCGCCGCCCGCGUGGCCGGGCGGGGGCCCACCAUGGCGCCUGCCAUGGAGGAGGACGAGCCGCCCACCGGCGCGGCCGGGGACGCGGCCGCGCAGUCGCCCAGCGUCGGCGCCGCAGCCGGGACGCGCCGGAGCCGCCCUGGGCACAGCCCUGGGGCGCGGCGCGGCGCAGCACCAGACGGCGCUGACAACCCCUUCGAGAAGGUCGAGAACCUCAUGAAGGCCAGGGACUUCAGAACGGCCGAGGCGGCCCUCAGAGCGAUGCUGAAGGCCACUCCCGAGGACGAUCGGGUGAUGCACUACUUGGGGGUGCUCCUGACCGAGGAGUGCCGCUACGAGGAGGCCGAGACAGUGUUCCAGGGCGCGUUCGACGCGCAGGAGAAGGCGGGCAAGGUCAACUACGCCACCGCCUUCGGGCUGGCCACCGUCCUCACCGAGAUAGGUGGAAUGGAGAAGCUGCUGCAGGGCGAGGCCCUAUUCCGCGAUGUUCUGGCAAGGGCGGUCGAGCAGGAGGAGGGGGGCAUCCACGAGACCUACAGCGCAUUCGUGAACCUGGCCGACAAUUUCGGGCGGCAGAAGCGCUGGAUCGAGUCCGCGGAGGCCUGGACCUCGGCGGUGAAGCUCGCGGAGCGCAUGUUCGGCGAAGACCACGAGCGCACGGCGGCUCACCGGGCGGCGCUGGCCAGAGCGGAGCGGCUGUCGCGAUACCAAUGGUGGAUCCGGCGAGUGCUCUGGACCGUGAGCAUCGUGGUGUUCGUCUGGGCUGCGUGGACGCUCGUGCGCAGCGGGAUGCUGGCGGCGGUGGUGACCCACGCGGUAGCCCUGGUCGCGCCGGGCUUGGCAGGGGCUGCUCCCGCCGCAGGAUCGGCAGACACGGUGCUGAGCGGCGUCAGUGCUCCGGUGUCCGGGGAGCUCUGAGCCCUGGUGCCGACCCCGUCCCCGCCCCUCGUGUCUGGCUCUCGGUCGAUCUCCGUUCGCUGGCUCUCCAUUUUCCCAACUACCUCUCCCUCUCUCUCUCUCUUCCCCUCCUCCUGUGUAUGGUCUCCCUUCUCUUCCCACUGCCCGCGGCAGCCUCGAGAGGGCCAGACCCACGCGCGGACAGCAA